CGUUCAAAAUUGCGUGCGUCUUGAAAACGACCAAGCAACUCGUACACGCUACUUUUGCGUCAGAAAAAAUACUCAGACAUCAAGACGGUCAUCAGCAGCUGUUUCGUUCAGGAAGAGAGUGACGAGAGCCGAUAUAGAAAUGUUGACAGUCGCUUCUAAUACAUAUAUUUCAUGGACGGUUUUGACGCAAUAGAACGCUGCGAAAUUUAAUCCGGUAAUGUUAUUCGACCUCAGUUUCCCAGCCAACAUUCCGGCGGCCACACGAUGAACUGUGGAGAAGUCAAUGGCAAAGUAAUAACGUCAACGUUUGCAAACGACGGUCAAACAUUGAAAAAAAUUUACGACAAUAUAUAAAUCUUAUUGGCUGCAACGUUUUAAGUUUUCUAUGAGGUGGAAGAGAGAGCAGAUUUGAUAUCAAGACCCGAGACUUGAGUUCUUACAUCAAAAAUUAGCUGAAAAGAUGCUUUAUAAGACUUUCCUGGUGUUCACAGUUUCCAUCAAUCUUCUUGUCAGUUUUGACUGCUAUCUAACCUAUCAAACAACAGGCAUCUCUAAGACAGUCACGAAGAAUGCAACGUCCACUAUGGUCCAAAAAAAAUCGGCGACGAAGAUGAAGGAUGAUUGCCUAAAAGCAUGGAAAAAAGCGGAUUGCUUCGGAAAGGGAAUGCAAUUGUUGCCAGUUUGCUCCAAAUAUGGAUGUUAUAUAAUGCGCAAAUAUUAUUAUUGCUGUCAAUAUCUGUACAUAGAGAAGAACAAAGGGUCACCUUAUCAUUAUCUAUGGGAAAAAGAUUAUGAUAUUUGCUGUAAUUAUCAGAGUCGCUGCUCUUGGAUAUGCCGAAAAGCCCACUUUAAUAAUAAAGGCGAAUAUGACUCCACUAAAAACCAACAUUUACAACCUUGCCUAAAACGACACCACGUCCUACCAUAAAAGGAGAGAAAGUAUUCUUAAAGCAGUCUGGAAACUUUUCGUCUCUUAAUUAUCCAAACAGCUACCCAACACACGUGGAUUUCACUUACAAGAUACAACUCAAUAAUAACAAGAGGGUUUGUCUACAUAUCAGCGAUUUGGAACUUCGUAAAGAAAACGAUAAUACACCCUGUAAAGAUGACAGUAGAGACUAUAUCAAGAUUUUUGAUGGUUGGGUAUCGUGGUCAAAUCUUCUUUUAAAAAUCUGCUCGAUGAAAGAUAUUACAGGGACCAUAAAUUCGACCAAUAACAAACUCAGCUUGAGGUUCAUCAGCGAUGGCAGCGAGACUUUCAGAGGUUUCAAUGCAACAUAUUGGCCUUGUAAAGAUUCCGCGGAAACUCGUAAAACAAACCAGGUCACUGGAGUGGUGAUUGGAACUGGAUGUGGCCUCGUUUUCCUUUGUCUGACGUUCCUAGCUCUAUGCCACUCACGAAGAUGUAGACGACUUUGUUUGCAAAAAGAAGUCGAAAAAUAUUCUGAUCAUGCAGAUGUUGUGGAGGAAGAAGGUCCUCCUGCAUACUGUGAUGUGAUGGCUUCGCCUGACAAGUUUCCAAAGACUACAGAUUCAACAAACAACAGCGAAGAGCUUCCGCCUUAUCCAGGGUUACCGCAGAAUGAUAAUAUGAUACCCAAGACAUCCCAGCAAUCCCUCAAUGACGCUGGGUACAUCUCACAAGAAAUUGAGGAAGUCGUCCUUGAAAAAUCUGUGAUUGAUGGAACAGAAAGCAGUGGUGAAAAUUCGCAGAAUGCCUCAACGAGACCGCCUGAGAUGUCGGCAAAUGAGCAGGAGGUCGAGGUAAGCAUUGAAGAAGCAGAAGAGACAAAUGUCGCUGCCAAUGAUGAAAAGACCACUAAGGAAAAGGUUCAAAAUGCCGAGUUUAUCGAUGACGAUAAAAGCACAUGGGAUGUGUCAGAAACGCAAGAUUUUCAACAUCCAAAAUCAAUAAACACUGUUGUUUAAAGAAUAGUAACCUUCAACUGGGGCAAAGUAUAUUCAAUUAAUGGUACUUUACUAAGUAAAAUAUUUGUAGGCAUAAAUUUACUAUAAUUAAUAAUAAAAUUCGUCUAAAUUUAACGCAAUCACGUAUAAGAUUGACUAUAAAUGGCACAUAGAAUAUUUUAACAUAAAAGCAAAAGAUAUAAAGCUCGAAAUGACGUUAGUGCAAUUUAAGAACAAAAGAAAAUUUCUUUUGUUUUCGUUUGCUCAAACAAAAUGAAAUUAUUUGAGCUUUGGUUUCGCGGUUGUUCUCAAACCGCUUGUAAAAAUACGAAGUUUUUACGUUUAGGUAAAGGCUUAAAAUCAGCCUACCCAUAAAUUAUUUGGUAAAAUAAUAACUUCAUCCACACAAAAUUACUCAACACUCCUACCUUAUUUAUUGUUUUCUUUUGACUUGAGUAUUUGAGCAGACUCGCACUGACUGUUCCUUAUGAGUUUUGAUCUUGCUUAUAAUCAAUGAAGGCUUGACGGCCAUAGUCAAUUAGCAGUUCAGUUUUUGAGCUAAAGGUUAGAGUAGUUUUAAAAUACAUAAUAUUGAAGUAAAUACAAUAAAAUAUAAACAUACAGAGAAUUGUAAACUCGAGAAAUAUAUGUAUAUAGAGUUUGGAUUUAUUAUAUAUAUAUAAAGCGGAUAUAUGAGUCGAAAUAAAGAGUUUGUUGGUCUUAAAAAA